GUGGACAAAUUAAUUUCCAAAGGAACUUCCUCUGGAGCUAUAGAAAUUGUUGUUCCCUCAUAUGACCCAUCACUGAUAACAGAGCUCCUUUUGGCUUGUACCAUUCUAAGGAGGAGAAGGAAGAGCAGUGAGAGUAGCAACAUUAUCAGUAGUCAUCAUAGUAGUAGUAGCACUGGCAGUGGAAGCAGUAGUAGUAAUAGUAGCAGUAGAGCUAGUAGCAGCAGAAGUACCAGCAGCAGUAAUAAUAUCAGUAGAAGGAGAAUGAGGAGGAGGAACAGUAGUAAUAGUAGAGGCAGUUGUAUCAGUAGGAGGAUGAUAAGGAGGAACAGUAGUAGCAGUAGUGGCAGCAGUAGUAGUCAGAGGAUGAGGAGGAGCAGUGGUAGCAUCAGUAGUGGCAGUAGUAGCAGUAAGAAAAUGAGAAGGAGGAGCAGUGGUAGUAGCAAUAGUAGCAGUAGGAAGAUGAGAAGGAGGAGUGCUGGUAGUAGUAGUAGCAACAGUAGUAGCAGUAGGAGGAUGAGGAGAAGCAGUGGUAGCAUCAGUAGUGGCAGUAGUAGCAGUAAGAGAAUGAGAAGGAGGAGCAGUGGUAGUAGCAAUAGCAGCAGUAGUAGCAGUAGGAUGAUGAGGAGGAUGAGUUCUGGUAGUAGUAGCACUGGUAGUAGCAGUCGUGGCAGUAGUAGCAGUAAGAGAAUGAGAAGGAGGAGCAGUGGUAGUAGCAAUAGCAGCAGUAGUAGCAGUAGGAGGAUGAGGAGGAGUAGUGCACUGGCAGCAGUAGGCAGCAGUAGUAGCAGAGAGGGAGGAAGAGGGAGGCAAUGGAGGAGCAGUGGUAGUAGCAAUAGCAGCAGUAGUAGCAGUAGGAGGAUGAGGAGGAGCACUGGUAGUAGCAGUUGUGGCAGUAGUAGCAGUAAGAGAAUGAGAAGGAGGAGCAGUGGUAGUAGCAAUAGCAGCAGUAGUAGCAGUAGGAGGAUGAGGAGGAGGAGCACUGGUAGUAGUAGCAACAGCAGUAGUAGCAGUAGGAGGAUGAGGAGGAGGAGCACUGGUAGUAGUAGCAGCAGCAGUAGUAGCAGUAGGAGGAUGAGGAGGAGCACUGGUAGUAGCAGUCGUGGCAGUAGUAGCAGUAAGAGAAUGAGAAGGAGGAGCAGUGGUAGUAGCAAUAGCAGCAGUAGUAGCAGUAGGAGGAUGAGGAGGAGGAGCACUGGUAGUAGUAGCAGCAGCAGUAGUAGCAGUAGGAGGAUGAGGAGGAGCACUGGUAGUAGCAGUUAUGGCAGUAGUAGCAGUAAGAGAAUGAGAAGGAGGAGCAGUGGUAGUAGCAAUAGCAGCAGUAGUAGCAGUAGGAGGAUGAGGAGGAGCACUGGUAGUAGCAGUAGCAGCAGUAGUUUCAGUGAGAGGAUAAAGAGGAGGAGCAGUGGUCAUAGCAGUAGCAGUAUCAGCAGUAGUAGAAUUUCAUCACAGAAGAAAAAAGUCCAGAAAGUAUUACCACACUGGGAAAGAGAGAAAAUUAAUUUAAUCCCUUCAUAG